UACCACACAAACACAUCAAUAUCUGUUAUAGAAAAUGAUAGUAUCAAUAAAAAGUGGAUGAAUGUGUUUAUCUACCUUGAAGUGAAUUAAUAUCCUAAAGUUUCUUCUUAUGCUUCAACCAAAUAAAAAAACGUUCACAAAUCGUGGUCAAAGGUUUCUCCGAUGUUGAAUGUGCCAAAUGUUAUUUGUACUAUUUAUAUUCCAAGAAAAAACUCAAUUGAAUAGAUAUUGAACAGAGUAGAUAAGACUAAAAAUUACUCUUAAUUAAUUUACACUCAACGAGAGUUGGAAAAUUAAAAUCUUUCCGAGAUGGUGAGGCUGAGCAAGAAAACCGUUCUUACAAGUAUUACCGAUAAAAAGUAUGCACCCUUUGUAGUUAGCAAAUCAAUUAAUACCAGUCAUAAUAUAGAAAUCGCAUUGCAAGAAACGAAAUCUCUUGCACUUAUAAAAAAUAAGCGUAAUAAACCAUCUUUUGGCUUCAAAAUAUGCCAGAAAGAAUUUGAAAACAGCUAUAAUUCUAAAAAAUGUUUAUCAACUGAUGAGAAGGAGCUUAAACAAAUAAUAUUGAUCGAGAGUGACGAAGCUUUAAUUACAUAUUCAUGUCAAGAAAAAAGCUAUAAAUGUCCUUUUUUGACACCCCUGAAACUAAAGAAAAGAGAAGUGUAUUCAGAAAAUGAAAAUGGGAUGCUACUUCAACAAAAUAGGUAUUUAAAUGGUGAUGACUGGAAUAUUCUCGAUACAAUUAGUUCACCUAGGCCUAUAGAAAAAGGAGUUUUUGAAACUGCAAAUAAUCCUUGUAAUUUGGAAAAAGUAUGGGCUGAGUUUAUGUAUAAUUUUGAAGAUGAAGCAUUGAUAAAUUCAAAAUUAUGCUCUUGUAUUUUACGUAAACAGAAAAAGUUGAGGACGAAAUCGAUGGAAGAUAAUUUUCAAGAAUGCAGUUCUAUUGGAUCUUCAUUAGUAUCAGUGCCAGCACUAGACAGAUAUUGGAAAAUUAAAGAAAUUUAUAAAAGAGCUUCCUUUAAUGAGAGGAAACAUACUGGAAUUGAUAAAUAUGAGGAGACACGCGCACGGGACUUGCCGCAGGACUUAUUGAAUCACUCGAAAUCUGAACAGUUAAAACGGUGCAUGUGUGAAAUAAAGCAGCUGCAUGAUUCACUCAAGAAUAAAAUGUGAAGUGAAUAAUUAAAUAAAGAAAUCAUAAAACCUCAA